AUGACAACUAUUUUCAACGGAAAUUUAAAAGAGGGAGAUGAUUUUGAAACGUCUUCGAUAAAAAACAAAAUGGAUAAAUUGGAAGAGGUAAUAUCAACCUGUGACGAUCAAAUCUCGGCAAAUGAAGCAUCCAUCAAGGAGAAGGAUAACCAAAUUGCUAUUUUGGAAUCGAAAAUUAAAUCCAAUGACAUUCAAUUAAAGGAGAAUGUCGCGUUAAUUGAAGAAAGCAAAUCGCAAAUUGGAUCACAAGAGUCGACAAUAAGAAGACUGGAGCAGACAAUUGCAGAUUUAAAUUUAAAAUUGAAGCAAAGAGAAAUCAAAAAACAAUUGACACAAAGUGAAAAGGUUAUUCGUAUUUAUAUACCUUAUGGAACGACGGCUAGACUAAUGCAAGUACCUGGCAUUGAACCAUUUGAGCCAACUCUAGAUGAUAAGAUUGCUGGCAAUGGCUGGAUUGUCAUUCAGCGUCGAUUUGAUGGCAGCGUCGACUUCGAUAGAGACUUGGCCACUUAUCACAAAGGCUUCGGCGAUCCCCACGGCGAGUUCUGGCUAGGACUGGAGAGGAUGCAUCGAAUUACAGUUCAUCAACGGCAUGAACUCUAUAUUCAUAUUGUCGAUUAUGAGAAUGAGACACACUAUGCACGUUACGACAAGUUUUUAAUUGGUUCCAAAGACGAGGAAUAUCAAUUAAAGUCACUCGGUAUUUAUUUCGGAGAUGCAGGCGAUAUGAUGCGAAUGAGCGAAAAAGUAAAUUUCUGGGUUUGCCCAAAAUAUAAGAAUGGAUGGUGGGACUUGAAAAAAUCAAAUCCAAAUUGCAAUCUAAAUGGAAAGUAUUCUAAUACCCAAGUUAAUGAUUGGCACUAUCUAUAUUGGGGACUGGGCAAAUGGGGAAAGGGGCGAAAUCAUAUUAAAUCUGUUCAAAUGUUGAUAAGACCAAAAAAUGAUUGAUUUCUGUAAAACAAAUUGUUUGUUAAACAUUUUCAAAUUAAAUAUAAAUUAAUAAAGUUUGUCGAAUACAAACAUGACCCAUCAAAUU